CAGACAUCCAGGAUUUAUCCCUUACACCACCGAAGACCGUUGUUCUCUGUCCUGCUGUGCGUCACCAACAUGCUUUUCACAACUCUCUCAUUGUCCCUGCCUGCUAUUUUAUCUUUUGCUGGAGUCAUAUCCAGUGGCAAAGCAGCUACACUUCCCCAAGCCUAUCCUCGGGCCACUGCGACGGUCCACGCGCAGGAAACUGGAGUAUUCCAGCCUAGUCGGCCACUACGCAAACCUCACGAUAAGCACCGCCGGCAAUACUACCAUGAACAAAUACCGCUAGGCUAUCUUUGCCCCGAGGACUGGGGCGACCCUAUUCAGCCUUGCAGUAAGUGCGGUGGCGAGGACAGAUGGUCCAAGGGAUAUUGUGCAAGCAAACCAUUUUGGCCCCGGCGAAGGUUGUGCCUUUGCGAGCCCGACUCUUCUCCUCCAGAUCCCGGUAUCAACUCGACGACCGUCGUUGACGGUACGACGGGCAUUAUAUGCUGGGAGCCUCUGACCUACAGCAACUAUUCAAAUCUGCAAGCAAGCACAGUUAUUACCAUUACAGAGCCUGCUACGCUCAGUGAUGGCACGGUAGCCAUGCAGACGGGAGCUGCCAGGCUGUAUGCCGGUGGCGUGGCUUGGUAUCCAGAAUGUUUAAUCGGGCCGCCACUCAUCUUGGCCGCCAUUGCGGCCCCAGUAGCUCUGCCUCCUGGCGCGAAGUUGGACAACAGCGAAUGCGAAGGAGAGAACCAAGUUUGCGACGACUGCGGUGGCGAUGAAACCGGCCUAGGUCUCUGCUCGGAACCCCCCCAGGCCGGCUGCCCGUGCCGCGAGAAGGAAGACUGUCCCAACAACCCGCUGCUUUGCUCCGACGCUACGUGUGGCGGCGACAACGGCCAGUCGCAGUGCGCCGGGAGCGGGGACAUCAACGGCUGUACGUGCUGUCCGGAUGCGCCGCCUGAUUGCGGUGACAACAACUGCGACGGUGGACUUGAUCAGGCGUGUAGCGCUACGUAUUACGAUAAAUGCAUAUGUACCGGCAUUGAGACGGGUGUCGCUACAGAUGAUCCGGCACCAAGUACCACUGGGGGUUCGUGUUACUACCAGAGUGUGGCCUCUAGCAUCAUGAGCAUGUACUAUAGCAACAAUCCGGCAAGCAUUCCGGGCUUAGAUAUAGUUGCUUAUGCCACCGUUAAUACUAUCUAGCUGGUUUCGCCUCUGUACUAGUGCAGUAAAACUAGUGGAGUUCUUUGUGUGGCCGUCUUUUUCAAAUAAGUUUCAUGUGAGCACAGCUCCUAGCGCGGCGUGAAACAGGGACCCUUUCAUUCAUCCUGAAUGCGAUUAUAGCAACAGUGUGAUCACCAAUGUGUGCACGCACAUACUCCUCGAUAUAAGCCUCAAGACACAUCUCAAGAAAUAAUCCACGAUACGAUAGUAGUCAAAUACCCACCUCCCCAACAUCAGCCACCCUCACUUCGAGUGUCACCGAUACCGUC